AUGUCGGAUUCCCCCCAAUCCCCUCCCAAGGAGGUUGAACAAGGUGUACAGUCACCAGACGAGGAAGCACAAAUGAAUGAUCCUCAAGACCCACAGGCAAGCGGCCUCGCCUAUGAGUUCGAAGUGAAGGAGCAGGACCGGUGGCUGCCGAUAGCGAAUGAAAGCACCGCGCAUAUCCAUUCGUCCAUGUCCCACGACUCGUCUCCAAAGUCGCCAGAAGCGCCUCGCGCUUCAUCCAAGGCGGACAAAUACGAUCUCUACGAUGCUAACAUACGCAACUUUGCGCCAGUCGCCCGUAUCAUGAAGAAUGCUCUCCCAGAGAACGCCAAGAUCGCCAAAGAGGCCAAGGAGUGCAUGCAGGAAUGUGUGAGCGAGUUCAUCAGCUUCAUCACCAGUGAGGCCUCUGAAAAAUGUCACCAGGAGAAGCGCAAGACGGUGAAUGGCGAAGACAUACUCUUUGCGAUGACUUCCCUGGGCUUCGAGAACUAUUCGGAGGCCUUGAAGAUCUACUUGUCCAAGUACCGCGAGCAGUCUCAGUCUAACAGGAGCGAAAACCAGCAAGGCCGUCCGGGCAGCCAAGGCGGCUACGGUGCUCAAGGUGGUGCUGCAGGACCAUCGAACUCGGGGUCUUCGACUUUUCAGGCCGGUGACCUUGCUGGUCAAGGCACCGACGGUGCAGAGCCCAACUACAUGUAUCAACCAGGACACAAUGGAACCGGUGCAGGCGAAGGAUAUUAA